UUGUGAAAGAAGAGAAUGGCUGCACUUAUUCAACGAUGGCUUCAGCUGACAAUGAUCAUCCUCUGUUUGUUAUCGUCACGGCCGCCGGAAGCAUCGGCAGUGGCAACAAUACAAACACGGCGAUGGCUCCAGACCCAGUGUCAAGAUUCAUGCGGGAAUGUCAGCAUUCCAUAUCCGUUCGGCAUUGGAGUCGGUUGUUAGCGAGACCAGAAGUUCGAAAUAAUUUGCAACAGCUCCUACAACCCACCUAAACCAUUCAUAAGUACCAGCACUCCUAACUUGUUGUUGGAGGUGCUAUACAUAUCUGUUGUUGAUGGGUAUCUUUAUGUCAAGGCUCCGGCGAUUUCAAGCUGCGAUGGCUCAUCUCCUGCAACUAUGAACAUCAGUUUUGUGGGAACUCCAUUUAGCUUCUCAUAUUUUAAUUCGUUGACGGUCAAUGGUUGCGAUAGUAUUGCCUUAGUCCAUACAGGUGAUAAUGGUGCCCCCACAGGGUGCGUAACCGCCUGCCUCGAUGUCACCACUGGUACUCAUAUGGACACGGAUGGCUAUUCUGGCGAUGGCUUUUGCCAGACCGGAAUUCCCCCGUCAAUACAGUUCCUGAAUAUCAGCAUCAUCCGCUUCGGCAACGACACCGCUGUAGGCAAAUGCGUGGAUGCAUUCCUGAAUUUCAUAGGUUACGUUAUUAUGAGAGACGUAGACAAAGUAAUUGGAGACUUGAUAAAAAACGGCACGGUGCAACUGAGAUGGAGGAUAGAGGAUGAGGCAUUGGAGUGUGGCCCCAAAUCCACACGUGUACCUUAUCAAAGCAGCAAUGGAACAUAUGUCUACUACUGUGAAUGUGAUUAUGCAUAUGAAGGGAACCCAUACUUACCCGACGGAUGCAAAGGAUGCAGAAAGGGAUAUGAAGAUGUAUGUAAUAGGCGCAGAAGGUUCCCCGUGAAAGUGGUCAGUCUAGCUGUGGGUCUGAGUGUAGGCCUACUAUUACUACUUGCUGCUGGUUAUUGGUUGUAUAAAGUAUUAAAGAGAAGAAAGAUUAAGAAACGCAAAGAAAAGUUCUUCAAAAGAAAUGGUGGUUUAUUACUCCAACAACAAAUCUCUUCAGAAAAAGGUAGCAUUGAGAAAACAAAAGUCUUCAAAGUAGAAGAAUUAGAAAAGGCAACUGACAACUACAAUGAGAAUCGGAUUCUUGGUCAAGGGGGACAGGGUACAGUAUACAAAGGCAUGUUAUCGGAUGGAAGAAUUGUUGCAAUUAAAAAGUCAAAAAUACUAGAUGACGAUCAAGUUGAACAAUUCAUUAAUGAGGUUGCCAUACUUACACAAAUCAACCAUAAGAAUGUGGUUAAAUUACUGGGAUGUUGUUUGGAGACAGAAGUUCCUUCAUUGGUCUAUGAAUUCAUCUCCAAUGGAAAUCUUUUUGAUCGAAUCCAUGACCAAAGCGAGGAUUACAUAUUUUCAUGGGAUGAUCGUGUAAGAAUUGCUACAGAAGUUGCAGGAGCACUUGCUUACCUACAUUCAGCAACUUCCAUGCCAAUCUAUCAUAGAGACAUAAAGUCUGCAAACAUACUUUUAGAUAACAAAUAUAAAGCCAAAGUGUCGGAUUUUGGAACAUCAAGAACAAUAACAACAGACAAAACUCAUUUGACCACCAUAGUGCAAGGGACCUUUGGGUAUUUAGACCCAGAAUAUUUUCAGUCAAGCCAAUUUACAGAAAAGAGUGAUGUUUAUAGUUUAGGAGUAGUUCUUGUGGAGCUCCUAACUGGAGAAAUGCCAAUUUCCUGCACUAGACCACUAGAAGAGAGAAACUUGGCUACUUACUUUGUUUCUUCCAUAGAAAAGGAUAUCCUUUUUGACAUUCUUGAUGAACACAUUGUGAAAGAAUGUAAAAAAGAAGAAAUUUUGGCAAUCGCAAACCUUGCAAAGAGGUGUUUGGAUUUGAAUAGUAAGAGAAGGCCUACGAUGAAAGAAGUGGCAAUGGAACUUGAGGGACUGAAGACAAAGCAAGUGAAUACUUUGGCUGGUCAAAACAAUCAAGAGGUGGAGUGCUCCAUGGUUGAACCGCCAGGCCUAUGGGAUACUGGAUCAACUUCAACUACAUGUACAAGUUCGGGUGGAGUCAUGUUGCCACAAGACACAGAACCACUAUUGUUCACUACUUAGUUAUAGUCAUUUUGAUGCUCAGUAUAGAAUAUUUCAUUUUCUGUU